AUGCCUGUCGAACCCACCCUCACUCCGCUCCAGAAGGACACGGCUUUGCACGACAGUCCCAUCGCGCCUUCCUUCGAUGCGGACCUCAAGCUUUCACGUUCCGAGGCGGAACAGCUCGACAACCUCAAGGUCAGCGACGAGGAGCUCGUCGGCAGCUUGACCUACCAGCAGCUCACGCUGUACGAGAAGAAGUCGGUUCUCAUCAACCGCGAGAUGGAUAUCAUGAACCGCGCCUCUUUCUGGAAGCUCGGACGCUACCAGCUCUGCGGCUUCGGCUACUUCCUCGACCUUUGCUGGGCGCAGGCCUUUGGCCUCGUCUCGGGUGCUCUUCAGCAGGAGCUUGGUGUCCCCAACAACCGGAUUGGUGACCUCUCGACCGCCUUCUCUGCCGGUAUGACCGUUGGUGCUCUUUUCUGGGGUCUCGCCGUCGACAUCAUCGGCCGGCGCUGGGCGUUCAACAUGACGUGCCUCAUCUCGUCGGUCUUCGGUCUUCUCUUCGCCUCGCCUAGCAACUUUGGCGCCCUCUGCUUCUUUGCCUCGAUGAUCGGUCUCGGAGUUGGCGGCAACAUCCCCAUCGACGCGACCAUCACCCUCGAAUUCCUCCCGACCAACCGCCGCUUCCUCCUCUGCGCCCUUUCGACCUUCCAGCCUCUCGGCGUCGUCGUCGCCUCGCUCGUCUCGUGGGGCCUCGUCCCGCGGUACUCGUGCGACACCUCGUACAAGGCGUGCAGCUUCCCCGAGCGCCCUUGCUGCACCAAGUCCUCUAACAUGGGCUGGAGGUACACGAUGAUUGUAUUGGGCUGCAUCACGCUCGGGAUUUUCUUCCUUCGUUUCGUCCUGUUUACGUUCUACGAGUCGCCGAAGUUCCUCCUUGCAAAGGGCAAGGACGAGGAGGCUAUCGACGUCCUCUACAAGAUUGCCGCCUUCAACCGCCAGCCCCAGCCUCAGCUCACGAUUGACGACUUCCGCCUUCUCGACAAGGAGUACUCUGAGCGCGAGUCGAUCACCUCGGACGAGCCGCUCUCGUCGGGUCCGCGCCAGUUUACGACCGGCGAGAUGGCCAAGAUUCGCGUCAAGCAGGCUGUUGGCCAGUUCGCCCACCUCAAGGGCUUCUUCGCCACCAAGCGCAUGAUCUGGGUCUCUGUCACUCUCUGGAUCGCCUACAUGUCGCUCUUCUGGUCCUUCUCGAUCGCCGGCGGUUACCUCCCGCUCAUCCUCCGUCAGAAGGGUAUCGACACCAGUGCCGGCCUCAACGAGACCUACCGCAACUACGUCGUCGUCUACUUGCCGGGUGUUACCGCCACCAUCCUGGGUUCCUUCCUCAUGGAGAUUCCCAAGGUCGGCCGCAAAUGGGCGAUGGCAUUCGCCGCCGCGCUCAUGGGAACCUCCCUCUUCCUCUUCGCCACCAUCUCGUCGUUCGCCGCGUACACCGGCAUGAACCUGCUCGAGUACUGGGCGCAGUCGCUCUACGCCGCCCUCCUCUACGCCUUCACACCCGAGGCAUUCCCUGCGCCUUUCCGCGGCUCCGGUUCGGGAAUCGCCUCGACUUUGGGUCGCCUUUCGUCUACUGUCGCGCCCAUCGCGGCCGGGACAAUUUUCUCACCCAGAAGUCCAUCGGUGCUCUACCUUUCUGGUGGUGCAGCGUUCGUGAGUAUGCUCGCGAUUCUCUGCCUUCCAUACGACACACGAGGCCGCCACACCUUCUAA